AUGGGAGCGGGGGACAUUCAGACCAACAUCCAGCAGGAGAUUGAGGCGGGGCCAUCCAUCCUGCCCGGCGCAGACGAGGAGGCGGGGCCCCUGGACCUGAGCGCAGUGCUGCGGCGGAUAAAGGAGGUCGCGCGCGUUCUGGACAAGUUCCAGGACCUGCGCGAGGAGGGCCGCUCCCGCUCCGAGUACAUGGAGCAGCUGAAGAAGGACCUGGAGGAGUACUAUGGGUACAACCGGUUCAUGCUGGAGACGCUGCUGGGCAUGUUCAGCGUGGCGGAGGCCCUGGAGCUGGUGGAGGCCAACGAGGGCAGGCGGCCCAUCACGCUGCGCACCAACACCCUCAAGACGCGCCGCCGCGAGCUGGCCGCCGCCCUCAUCAACCGCGGCGUCAACCUGGACCCCAUCGGCAAAUGGUCCAAGGUGGGCCUGGUGGUGUACGAGAGCAAUGUGCCCGUGGGUGCAACGCCGGAGUACAUGGCGGGACACUACAUGCUGCAGGGCGCCUCCUCCUUCCUGCCAGUCAUGGCCCUGGCCCCUCAGGAGGGCGAGCAGGUCCUCGACAUGGCCGCCGCACCAGGUGGCAAGACCACAUACAUUGCUGCGCUGAUGCGCAACAGCGGCAUCGUGUUCGCCAACGAGGUCAACCCGCUGCGCCUCAAGUCCAUCCAGGGCAACCUGCAGCGCAUGGGCGUCACAAACACCAUCGUGUCCAACUACGACGGCCGCGACCUGCCCAAGAUGAUGGGCACCAACAGCGUCGACCGAGCCCUGCUGGACGCCCCCUGCUCCGGCACUGGCGUCGUCUCCAAGGACCCCACUGUGAAGGCAAACAAGUCCCAGGCGGAGAUUUGGAAGUGCGCGCACCUGCAGAAGCAGCUGCUGCUGGCUGCCAUCGACCUUGUGGAUGCCGGCUCCAAGACCGGCGGCUACAUCGUCUACUCCACCUGCUCCAUUAUGGUGGAGGAGAAUGAGAACGUGGUCAACUACGUGCUGCGCAAGCGCCAUGUCAAGGUGGUGCCCACAGGGCUCGACUUUGGGCGGCCGGGGUACAUGAGGUACCGGGAGUUCCGCUUCCACCCCUCACUCGCCGAGUCCCGCCGCUUCUACCCCCAUGUGCACAAUCUGGACGGCUUCUUCGUCUGCAAGCUGAAGAAGGUGGCGAACGGGCCAAAGGACUCGCGUGGGGAAGGCAAGGAUGGGGAGGCCUCAGACAGCGAGGAGGAGGGCGUGCCUGUGGAGGAUGCAGAGCAGGAGGAGAUUGAUGCUGCGGAGAAGGCAGCCAGCAAGGCUGCAGCAGCAAAGGCCGCCAGGAAUGCGGGGAGCAAGCGUUCUGCUCCCGCGCUUGAAGGUCUGCCUCCUCUGCUUGUGACGCUCAAGACUUGUUGA